AUGAAGAAUGGAAAUCAAAAAACAGAUAAUUUAUUAAAUUCCAGCCGAAAGCGUUGUAGCAAAGAUGUUUUCUGUGUUGUCAUAUCAUCAACCAUCACUACAAACUACAAUCUACCAAAAGUCAUGAAUAUGAAUAGUAAUAAUAAUAAUAGUAAUAAUAGUAAUAAUAAUAACAACAAUAAUAAUGGAAAUAACAAUAAUAAUAAUAUUACUAGUUUAAUUGAUUUACCUUCAUUUUCAUUGGUUGAAGCAGCAAAGUUUGGACAGUUAAGAGAGUGUGUCGCUUUCGUUGAGAAGAUACGCUUGCAAAAUCCACAUGCAGAUUUGUCGUCGGCUGUCAACAGCUCCGAUGACUCUGGAAACACACCGUUGCACUGGGCAUGCUACAAGAAGAACUACGACAUUGUAAAGUACUUGAUUUCAAUGGGUGGCAAUCCAAAUCAGCCAAACACCGACGAAGGACAGACACCAUUCCACUGGGCAUGCAUCGGUGGCGAUCCUUUCAUAGUGAAAUACGUGCUGAACAGCGGUGGCGAUCCAUUCUUGCAGGACCGUCGUGGUUACAACUCACUGAUACACGCGUCGCAGUAUGGGGAGAUGAAGAUCGUGCGAUAUCUCCUCGAGAAGGGCGUUGGACUGAUGUCGCGUGAUCAACUCGGACAGACUGCACUGCAUUGGGCUGCCUACCAGGGUCACAUUCAACUGAUAUUGUUCCUGGUGAACAAGGGUGCCGAGUUGGAUGCACUCGACACCUAUGGUCGCACAGCCCUUCACUGGGCAUGCUACAAAGGUCACAAAGAUCCAAUCAAAGCUCUCGCCGACUUUGGUGGCAACCUACUCACCAAGGACACCAACGGUGACACUCCGAUCGACUUGUGUCGCCAACAGAAUCACACCUAUCUCGCCAGAACUCUAGCAAUCUAUCCACAUCAUCCAUUAAGAAAACUAGGUCCAGAUUUCUUGUCUGCAAUUGAAAACGAAUUAAAAGUACCAGAGGUUUGUUCAUCUUGUUUAAUUAAUAAGCCAAUCCGUUCAAGACAUUGUAGAACUUGCAAGCGAUGUGUAGCAAGAUUCGAUCAUCACUGCGGUUGGAUCAACAAUUGUGUUGGUGCCAACAAUAAUCUAGCAUUCAUCAUGUUACUUGCUUUGUUUACCAUUUCCUAUUCAUUAAGUAUGGUUUUAAAUUUCAAAUAUCUUGCUUUGACACCUGAUGCACCUGCAUUCCUAUCAUUCUUUAGUUGGUUGACAUUCCACUAUGCCGAAAACAAAGGACUUUUGGUGUUGAUCUCUUAUGAAUCGUUGAUUAUGGCUUGGAUCAGCAGAUUAUUUUAUGUUCAGGUGACCGGUGUAAUGAAUAAUGUUACGAUGUUUGAGUUGAUGAGACCACCAACUCCGACUGGCGAGAACAAAAAGAAGUGUUGUAGCCACAACAAACAUAAUCAUGGUGAUGCUUCAUCUGCCGCUACUGCUGCCACAAACAAGAAAGAAGACGAUCUACCAUCUACAUCAAACAAAAACUCAACCGACAGCGAUUCAAAUAGCACUUCACUGCGAGAUCAAAUUCUAAUGCCAAAACGAAACAACUCCAAUUCCAAUCCAUACCACAGAGGUUCAGUAAGAGAAAACGUAAGAGAAUUUUUAUAUGAUAAAUCUAAAUGGUAUAGAAGUUACAGUCAUAAAACAAUUGAUUUUUAA